UUAUAUGGAACACUCGGAGGGAGGAUUACACUGUAACACUGGGGGGAGAAAAUUGGAAAUGAGAAAAAUCCAAUCGCUUUAUUUUUACAAUUAGCCUGCAAGUGAAUUGAUCGGUCACUGUGCGUAUUAACAUCGGCAUUUCCACUCACGGACCCCUGAUGAAGGUGUGCAGGUAAUACUUUGAGAGCCCCGUAAGACGCCAUGUCUGAAGAGGCCAUUUCAGAAAGUGACCUGGAGGGUAGCCUUAACAGUGAAGAGGAUUACCAGGAAAAUGAUGAAGAGGACGACAAUGGCGAUACGGAGGAGGAGGACGAGGGAGAAGACGAGGAUGGGGAGGAUGAAAACUGUGACGAUGAUGAGGAUCUCAGUUUGGAAAAACCUGCUAGUGCUACCUCAGCUACCUCUGGAGAUCCUUCCUCGGAGUCACGGCCCGGAUCCCAGCCGUCCUCCAGGCCGCCCUCCAGACCAAACUCUCCCUGUCAACCUCCGGGCAGCCCUGGCAAAUCGAGUCAAAGCAAGACACCUUCCAGCAAAUCAAAGAAACAAAAAGCUUCUAAAGUAACCAAAUCUUCCAAGCUUUCAAAACGGUCCAAGCCUACAAAGCCUGCACACAUGAGGAAAAAUAUCAGAAAGCUACUGAAGGAGGACCAGCUUGAGGCUGGAACCAAGGCUGCUCAACAGGAAGAGAUGGAGAGGCGGAAGCGUCUGGAGCAACAGAGGAAAGACUUCCCUACACCUGCUCCAACUUUAUUAGAGUCCCAACUAGUGGGCCCAACAUCCUUUUUUGGGGAGGUGUCUCACUUGGUCCCCGCCCUUCUCGGCAAGCAGGAUGUGAUCUGCUUGGACAGCAGCGGUGAUGAAGAUGAAAGCAUGGAACCAAAACUCCCUGAGCUGGCUAUUAGAGAUGAUAUAAUUGAACUGAGCUCCGGGGACGAAGACACCUUGCAGAUAAGCAGCGAGUCGGGCGAUGAGGACGACGAGAGCCCCGGCGGCACAGAGGAGAGCAGCGGAGCGCACAUCAAUGACGCUCUGAACUUGCCUGAUGCCCAGGGCCGCGUGAUGGUUAAUAUCAACCACCCCGCGGAGGAAAAGGACAUUUAUCUCGCACCGCAGCUGGCCAAGGCUGUCAAACCUCACCAGAUUGGUGGUAUCAGGUUUCUGUAUGAUAACUUGAUUGAGUCGCUGGAGCGUUACAAGAGCAGCAGUGGUUUUGGUUGCAUCCUCGCUCACAGCAUGGGGCUCGGCAAGACAUUGCAGGUCAUUUCCUUCAUUGACAUCCUGCUGCGGAAUACCGAGGCUCACACCGUUUUGGCAAUUGUUCCUGUGAACACACUUCAGAACUGGCUGGCAGAGUUCAACCUGUGGCUCCCACCGCAGGAAGCGCUUUCCCCCGACACCGACCCCAAUUUGUUUCUCGGACGUGCAUUCAAAGUUCAAAUUCUAAACGAUGAGCACAAAACUACCAUGGCACGGGCCAAGGUGGUGGAGGACUGGAGCCAAAAUGGAGGCGUGUUGCUAAUGGGCUACGAGAUGUACCGCCUUCUCACAAUGAAGAAGAGUUUUGUCACAGGCAAGAAAAGGAAAUCAAAGAAGCCUGUCGGGCCUGUCAUCAUUGAUCUAGAUGAGGAAGAUAGACAACAAGAACUCAUGAAAGGUAUCGAAAAGUCCAUUCUACGACCCGGUCCGGAUGUGGUGAUCUGUGACGAGGGCCAUCGCAUUAAGAACUACCACGCCAGCACGUCACAGGCUCUGAAGAAUAUCCGUUCGAGGCGCAGAGUGGUUCUGACUGGUUAUCCGUUGCAGAAUAAUCUCAUUGAAUACUGGUGCAUGGUUGAUUUUGUCAGGCCGGACUUCUUAGGCACGCGGCAGGAGUUCAGCAACAUGUUUGAGCGGCCCAUUCUGAACGGGCAAUGUAUGGACAGUACGCCUCAAGACGUUCGCUUGAUGCGGUACCGUAGCCAUGUGCUGCACAGCCUGCUGGAGGGUUUUGUCCAGAGGCGAGGCCACGAUGUUCUGCAGGACCAGCUUCCCAUUAAAAUGGAGCACGUGAUCUUGGUGCGGCUAUCUCCCAUACAGAAAGCACUUUACACCGAGUUUAUGACUCGCUUCAGAGAGGCAGGAAAUAAUGGUUGGCUUGGUCUAAACCCCCUUAAAGCCUUUUGCGUAUGCUGCAAGAUCUGGAAUCACCCAGACGUGCUUUAUGAAGCUGUACAAAAAGAGAAUCAGGCAAACGAGCAAGACCUGGACCUCGACGACAUUGCCGGCGGUCCCAAAGGCAAAGUGUCGGAGUCCGGCAACAGCAAAGCCAGUAACGUUCCGCCGCUGCUCAAUCCCUCGCAGGAUCGAAGCAAUCAAGUCAUCACUUAUGAAUGGGCAAAGGAAGUCAUGUCAAACUACCAGAUAGGACUUCUGGAAAAUUCUGCCAAAAUGGUGCUGCUCUUUCAUUUGAUCGAUGAAAGCGUCAGAAGAGGAGACAAGAUUUUGGUCUUCAGUCAAAGCUUGUCCACCCUGACAGUCAUUGAGGACUUCUUAUCAAAGAGACCCAUUCCAUCACAAGACGCCGCCGAGUCUCAGAACCCCAACUGGGUUCGCAAUGUCAAUUAUUAUCGACUGGAUGGGAGCACUUCUUCCUCUGAACGAGAGCGGCUAAUUAAUCUGUUUAAUGACCCAGAGAAUACCAAAUCGUUCCUCUUCCUGCUGUCUACCAGAGCGGGUUGCCUGGGGGUGAAUCUGAUUGGAGCGAACCGCGUCGUUGUGUUCGACGCCUCCUGGAACCCGUGUCAUGACGCCCAGGCGGUGUGCCGGGUGUACCGCUACGGUCAAAAGAAACCUUGCUACAUUUACCGCCUGGUUUGUGAUUUUACCUUGGAGAAGAAGAUCUACGAUAGACAGGUCUCCAAACAGGGCAUGUCCGACCGCGUCGUGGAUGACCUGAACCCGACGCUGAACUUUACUCGAAAGGAAGUGGAGUCACUGUUGCAUUUUGUUGAGGAGGAACCUGAAGCUAACAAGAUCAAUAUGAGAAAUUUGGAACAAGAGCCGGUCAUUUAUGCAGCCUGUCAGCUUUACCCGCACUUCAUCACUAAACAACCUUUCCAACACGAAUCUCUGUUAGUGGACCGGAAGGAAUCCAAACUGACCAAAGCGGAGAAGAGAGCGGCCAAAAAAAGCUACGAGGAUGAAAAGCGAGCCUCGGUGCCCUACUCUCGUCCUUCCUACGCGCCUUAUUAUCCAAACAGCAACCACACGCUCGCCAACUUACCGGCCUUCAGUCAACGCGGCUGGCGUGCUAUGGCCCGGCCUGACGACAAGCCAGUAGCGAGCGUGAGGCCCAUCCAGUCAACCCCGAUCCCCAUGAUGCCUCGCCAAGUUGUCAUGGGCAUGGCGGGAGCGAGCUCUCCUGGCAGUUUACCUGUCAAUUUCCUGCAGAAGGCCGGAGUUUACGUUCAGCGCAUUGUCACCACAACUGACAUUCUCAUCCCGGGAACCAACAGCGCAACAGAUGUCCAAGCUCGAAUUCGCGCUGGCGAGAGCAUCCAUGUGAUCAGAGGAUCGAAAGGUACUUACAUAAGGACGAAUGAUGGAAGAAUUUUUGCAGUCAGAUCUGGAAAAAUCAGUCGGCCUUUCGCCGGGGGCGCCACUGUUUCAAGAGAUGGCCAGCGAUCUGUGAUCCAUCCACUCAGUAAUGGCUGCGCAUCCCCCGGGGAGCAACUGCAGCACUCACCUGACAUCGACGUUGACGUGGAGCAGCAGUCCUCGUCCCCCUUGAACGCCGAGCUUCUUCGUGAGCUCAGCCACUACGCGGCAUCCACCAGCGACAGCGCCGGCGGCGCGGGAAACCAACUCUCCGAUGUGUCCGUCGCUGCCACGGGAGAUGGAGGCAGCCUGAUUCCAGAUCUCCGGCCUCCGCUCGACGACGACCUGCUGAGUUCCAGUUUUGAGACGCAAGGGGUGAAACGCAAGCACACUGAAAGUCAAGGCGCCACGGCCAAACGGACUCCGGCCGCAUCGCAUUUUCCCGGCUUGUCCUUGAAUUCCAGUGGGCUCAGUUUUCCACCAGUGAGUCUGAACUCUUCCUCACUGUUGGGGAACCUGGGGCAUAUGACUCACCCUCUUCUGAUGGGUGGAAGCAGUGGGUCCUCAUUCCUUCAGACGCCGGGACAAACACUGGCCGACCUACAGAACAUGUUCCCUUCCGCACCGGGCAACGGACAACUUCCUCCCCUCUCGUCAUCGGCUCUACCCACAGCCCUUUCCCCGUCCUCCAACACCAUUCCAAUACCGUCUGCAUCAUCGUCGGCGACUACUUCCUCACUGCCGUCGGGUUCUCUGCCACCAUAUUUGAUGAGCCCCAAUGUGGCGGGCCUGCUUUCAUCAGGCUUCCCUAUGAACUACAGCCAGUCGUUGCUCCCCGAGCCCCGGAUGUUUCCCGGCCCUCUUCUCUCCGGGUCGGCGGGCUUCCCCGCAGCAAACUCGGCUUUGAAUACGUCCGGCUUCCUCUCACAUUACAGCAAUCCAACAUCCAGCCUGUUAGGAGCAGCUCUAACCCAACCUGACAGGUAUCAGAGUGCGGAGAAUGGAGGUGAUAGUUCAGAUGAUGAUGUCAUAGAGGUGACGGGACACUGAAUAUUCACACAGGAGCCGACGGACACAAAGUUUAAUUAUGGCGAGACUGAUCAAAAUGGGAUGUGAUUUGACAAAUUAUAGUCCUGCUAAAAUUGAUCCCACACAUGCCAAUACAAAAGGGAGUUUUAUUCAACAUAAAAAUUUGGGACUGACUUCUUGCACGUAAAACUGCCUUUGUGUUGGAUUUGCUGAGAAAUCUGUAGCGACACUCACCGGAUUUCCUUCAGAUUUUAUUUCAAACCACGCAAAAACUCACUGAAGGACAUAUACUAUUUUGACAGCCCAGAUAUUGAGGGGAAAUUAAAAAAAAACAUCCAAAAACUGAAAGAUUUCAGUCUGCAGAAAUGUGUAGCAUCCCCGAUCGAAAGAAUUGUGGUUCCAUGACUCGUCAUGUAGAUAUCUGUAGAUAACAGUUCUUGUCACUGUUUAUAUCUCAAGUUAAAUUCUGUUCAGUGUGUAGGGAGGUGUGUAAUUACAGCAUAUAUGAAGAUAACCGAUACGUUGAUUUUAUUAUGAUUUUGGGAGGGGGUCACUUUUUUCUCAUCAACACUCAAAUGAAUGUAUCUUAACUUGCCCUCAGUAACACACUCUUGUGUUCUGUCAUAUUUAGCCUUAAAUAACACAAAGAGGUCUUGAGUGCUCUGAUUUUUAACUCGGUACUUUUUUUUUUUUACUAUUGUUUACAUUUUUUACAAAUGUGAACACGCUCUUGUUUCCUACAACAAGAACCAAUAGCAACAAUUUGCGAAGCCUUGCGGAAAGCAAACAUUUCCAAUCAUGGUAUGCGUGUAGUCCAUGUCAAGGUCUGCAUCAGAACAUUCACACUCGCUGGUCAGGUGGCGCUGUGGGCUUCGCCAGCUAACCGGUUGCAAUGGCUUCCUGUGUAAGUAGUUCCUGUUAGUGGUGUGUUAGGUCUCUUCUGCUCUCGAGCCAUGUGUCUUUUUUUUAUGUUGUGAUGACACCGCACUGGUGUUUAGAUUUAGGAAUCUGUUUGCAAAACA